AUUACACGUCGGACGGUCGAAGUUUUUUUCUUGUGGUUCCCCUCCGUAUCUACUGUUAUUUUGUAUCGUUCUAGUUCGACUGAUUUAAUUUCGGGGCAAUUUUACGACAGAGAUUGCGAUCGGCAUUUUCUGGACGCAUGAAUCCACGAGUAUCCCCUGAUCUUUCGUUGAAAUAGCUCUAGACCAUGUCCUGGUUCAGCGAAAUAGCUGGAAAGGCGGAGGAUUUCUUGACAAAAGUCGACCAAACGGCUGCAUCUGCCCUUCAGAAGCCGUUGUUGCCUCAAGCUACGUCAACGAUUCUAUCCUACACGAGGACUCCGGAAUCGAGCCCCGCUCGAAUGGCGAGCUACAAGUCUCAACUGUCGAGCAAUAUUUUAGGAACUCCGAAACCGCCCUUGCCAUCGACGUCGAAAGCAGCCUCCACGACACCGCCAAAACCAAAUGUCGCGAAGAAAGAUGAAGACGAAAAGCUUUUCGAGUUUUUGAACAGCCCUGAACCCGCAGGAGUGUCAACGAGGAAGUCAACUUCGCAGCAAAACCUUCCCGUUGCUGCUACGAAGAGACGCGCAAGCUUGUCAAGCGUUGAGGAGAGUACGGCUGCUUCACAACCCCUGAAAUCUACACAAAAUGAAACCUCAUUGAACAACGAUGACAAACCCCCUGUCAACGAGGAGAAAGCGGAAGAUCCGGACCCGGUAGCGUCUGGAGACUCCGCAGUCAAAACUCCGCCUGCAGGUGAAGACGCGAGAAUGGAAAGCGCAGAAACCCCUAGAGACGGUGCUAGCCUGCAACUCGGCGCUUCUCAAGAAGAAACAAAAAUGUUGCAGAAAGAGGUCACGUCCUUAAACCAAGAAAUCGCAGCCGUGCUUCAGCGUGCAAAGAAUGCUGAACUUGAAAAGAAGCACCUCCAAAAUCGUCUGGACCACUGGAACAGCCAAGUGUCGUCUAGCGACUCGACGAUCCGGGAGCUGCAAGCGAGGGAACGUGAUCUGACAGCCGUGCUGGACGCAAAGGAUGCACAACUGGCCGUUCUCAGGGUACGGCUGCAGGAAGCUGACCAAGAACUGACCACGAAGCGCCAGCUGGUUGACCAGCUGAGAGAUGAAAACCAGAGUUUAUCCAAGGAACAGACCGAUACCAGCCAAGUACAGCGUAAAACGGUUGAUGCUCUGCGAGACAAGUUGGCAGAAACGGAAGAUGCGUUGAGGAAGGAACAGGAAAGCCAUCGGCAGUUUCAGGCAGAAAUGAUGCAAAGACAGAUAAGGCUUGAAGAGGAACUGAGGAACCUCUCAGAUAGUCUCACUCUGACACAGAGGCAGUUAUCAGAUCAAAAAGCUCAAAACAAGGACCUCACCAGUCAGCUUUCAGCAUCACGAAGCAGCUGUGAAAUGGCAAGGCAAGAGCUGGUAGACUACAAGCAGAAGGCACAGAGAAUAUUGCAGUCGAAAGAGAAAUUGAUUUCAAGCUUGAAAGACGCUGCGAACUCAAGCAGUCUGUCGCUCGACGUAUCCGAUGCGGAUGUGAGUCGCGCAGCGGCAGAGUUGGAGUCAACGAAUCAAGAAUGCGAGCUGCUGAGGGAAGAAUUGCGAAAGGCGCAAGCGCAGGUUGAGGCUGCAGUGUCCGACCUGCAGGACCAGGAAGCAACCUUCCACAAGGAGACAGAAGCACUGCAGGAACAACAGAGGGCGCUGCUAGAGGAGCUCAGGACAGAGCGAAGACAGCGUCAGGAAGCCGAACUUGACGUAAAGCAAAAUGGCGAGGAGGUGGCAUUUCUGAAAGAUGAGCUGCGGAGGACCAAGGACAGCCUUCAGCAGCGCCUAUCCGAGCGCGACUCUGAAGUUGAGAGACUCCGAAAACAGAUAGCAACAAAAUCCAUGAGUACUACGAGUGAAGCGGAACUGGAGGCUCGUCUGCACGCACUCACUGAAAGCCUGAUUCAAAAACAGACGCUUGUUGAGGCAUUAGGCACAGAGAAAAACUCUUUAGCCCUGCAGCUAGAAAGGCUUGAGAAUCAGUUGAAGGAUGCUCACACACAUAAUUCACGAAACCACACCGCUAUUGGGGGCUUCACUCAACCUGAAGAGAAUACAAGAUCGAGGGUGCCCGGAAUGUUCGUUGAAUCUCCAUUUGACGGCUCUGUUACACGGAAAGUAAAAAGGGCGUAUGGAGUCAUCGACUCGUUCAGCGUACGAGCAGGCAUUUUUUUGAGGAGGUAUCCACUGGCUCGCAUCUUCAUUCUAAUAUACAUGGGCCUAUUGCAUUUCUGGGUGAUGAUCGUCCUGUUGACGUACGAGCCUGAAAUCCACGGUCCACCGACAUCCAACAAGACGAAGUUGUAAGGCAUUCCAAAUACAAUGUUGUUCAUUGUUGUUGAAGACUGUUCCUGUAGGAGGCAUUAUUUAUAUGGCAGGCAGUUCUGUACAGGUAUUACGAAAAUAAAACAAACCAUCCUUCUUU